AUGAAAGACGACACAGCCGCGAAACGUCUGAAUCAACUCUCCUCCCACCUGUCAACAGCCAAACUACCACCAGACUACUCCGACGUCCUCUCCACCAUCACCACCCUCAAAGACAUCGCCGCAACCCCCAACCCGUCUCACCGCGGCUACACACGCCAAAAACAAGCCGGAAAGCUCUGGGUCCGCGAGCGCAUCACCCAGCUCCUCGACCCCAACUCAUUCGAAGAAAUCGGCUCCGUCUCUGGCACCGUCACCUGGAAACCCACAGGUCCCACGACAGAAGUCCCCGAAUCCUUCACGCCAAGCAACAAUGUCCAGGGCUUCGGGAAGCUCCGCGGCCGACGCGUCCUCCUCACAGCCGACGACUUUAGCAUCCGCAGCGGACAUGCAGACGGCUCAACAGCAGACAAGACAAUCUACGCCGAGAAGCUAGCCAUCGCGCUCAAACUGCCCGUCAUCAAGCUCGUCGACGGCAGCUCCGGCGGCGGCAGCGUGACCACCAUCCGCAAAGAAGGAUGGAGCUACCUCCCCUACGUGCGCAUGUACGCGCAGGUCGUCGAGCAGCUGAACAAGGGCAUUCCAAAUCUGGGGGCUGUCGUUGGACCUGCUAUCGGUCUCGGCGCAGCACGCGUCGUCUCGUGUCAUUUCUCCGUCAUGGCGGCGGAUAUCGGCGCGCUGUUCAAUGCCGGCCCGGAGGUCGUCGCCAACGCCACCUUCGAGGAAGGACUGGAUUUUCAGGACCUAGGCGGGCCCAUGGUGCACUGCACCAACGGGACGAUCGAUAACCUUGCCGCCAAUGAGGCCGAGUGCUUCGAGCAGUUGCGGACGGUCCUCGGGUUCCUGCCCAACCAUGGCGGCGAGGCGCCUCCGGUCGUGAAGUGCGAGGAUCCAGUGGACAGAGAGGAUGUCGGCUUGCGGACUGUUAUCCCGCGGCGUGCGGCGAGGAUGUACAACCCCUACACUAUCAUCAAGUCUGUAGUAGACGCGGGCUCGUGGUUUGAGAUCGGGGGAUUAUGGGGCCGCACGGCGAUCGGGGGGCUAGCGAGACUGGGUGGGCGGCCGGUGGGGAUCAUCGCGAAUAACUGCGAGGUGAAUGGGGGUGCGCUGGAUGCGGCGGGGAGCCAGAAGCUGGCGCGGCUGCUGAAGCUGUGCGAUGUGAUGAAUCUGCCGGUUGUGCAGUUCGUCGACGUCCCGGGAUAUGCGAUUGGGACCGUCGCCGAACGCAACGCCACGAUGCGCUGGGGUGUUGAGUUAGCCAAAACCUACUUUGCUACGACGACUCCUAUCUUCAACGUGAUCACAAGGCGUGCAUAUGGCGUCGCCGGCGGGGUCAUGCUCGGUGCCCGGGACCCCGUCGUGCAGGUUGCCUGGCCGUCCGGGAACUGGGGGUCUCUGCCGCUGGACGGGGGAAUCGAGGUGGGCCAUCGCCAGGAACUGCGAGAGGCGGAGCAACGAGGCGGGAAAGAGGGCAAGGCUGCACGGUAUAAAGAGUUGGAGGAGGAAUAUCUGCGGCUGAUGAAUCCCGUGCGGACGGCCAAUGCGUUUGGGGUGCAGGAGAUUGUCGAUCCCAAGGAUACAAGGAAGAUUUGCUGCGGAUGGGUCUCACAUGUGUACGAGGUGUUGAUGGCUGAGCGGUUGGCUUUGAGGAAUUGUGGGAAGAUCCAGCCUGUUUUUUCAUAA